GCAUGUGUUCCAGCUUUACAUUUUUAAAAGGUGGUCCCCCUAGCUGACAGCAACAUGGUGAUGGAUUAUUCAAUCCUGCAACUACCUCUGUUUGUACCCAUCCCGCCCUAGGGUUAGCGCCCAAGCCUGGUGCCCCAGUCUCCCCACUUCGUUACUCCACGGUCUGAGGGAUGCUUGUCGGGUGGGUAGCGGAGUCUCCAAGAGCUGCAGGAGCCAACAGCAGGUAGCCCUGUUUGGCCCUUUCCCAUCCAAGCUCCUCAGCUAGGGCAGGAUCAGGCCACUGGGUUGCUCAGCCCAGCCCUGAGCCUUGGGACUCCCAGCCCUUCCCCUGCAGAGAGGACCCCUCCUCCCCUGAGCUCCCUGCCAGGAUUCAGUCCAUCCACCCCUCUCAGCUGGGGCAGGAGCAGCCCCCUGGGCACCCAGCAGGCCCUGCUCUCCUCCAUCCUGGCCUGCCUGGCUUGGUGGUCUCCUUUCAUGCUCUUCCCUGGAGCCACCCGAUCUCCCCCCAACACACACAUCCUUGGCCUUGCCUGGGAUUCCUUCUGAAUGGGGCUCUGUGAGGCAAGCACCUGCUGCUGUAGCAACCGUCUCCAUGGAGAGACACAGACGCAGAGACAUGAGCGGGUCUGGAGCCAGGAGCAGUGCAGGCUCCAGGGCAGGAGCCAGGUUCCCUGGGAUCUGCUGACCUCAGUGGAGCCAUUAGCUCUGGUGGGGCUCAGGGCAGCGCCUGGCACUGGGCACUGACAGCCUAGGCACAUACCCCAAGCCUUGCAUGCAGGAGCGGGGAACAUCUCAGAGAGGGAGCAGGCUGGGCUAAUGCCAGCCCAGCAUCCCCACUCCUGCCACCCCAGUGCCACCAUGGGGCCCCCGGCAGAGCUGCUGCAGGGCCGUGCUGGCCCAGAGGCCUGGCGCAAGGCAGCCAAGGCCACGGUGCAGGCAGCGCAGGAUCUGCACAAGGGCUGCGCUCGGGAAGCCUUGUCCCUGUGGCGCCCACCAGGCCAGCCCAAGGAGCUGCCCCAUGAGCGCCGGGCACGGCUCCAGAGCUGGCACUUCAAGCUGGAUGUGACAGAGACUGGUGAGACCUUGGAGAAGCCGCCCGAGGGACCAGGCGUGACACUGUGGAAGAGCAAGACCAAACCACCACCAUGGGUUAGCCAGCUGCCCCUGCCCUGCUUCCGGGACUUCUGCACCAGCACCAGCAACCGCCUGGCCCACCGUUACUGCAGCACUGUGCGGCUGAUGGUGAGCCGGCUGCGCCAGGCUCUCAGUGAGGUCAGCCAGCAGGCCAAGCACCUGGUGGUGGAGCGCAAGCAUCUCGACACUGCGCUAGCCAAGGUCCGCACCGCACUGCUCACCAACCGGCAGAGCGCGACUGUGCGUGGGUACCGCCCGCAGACCGAGCAGGCCCCAGACCAGGUAGAUGCCCUGCUGCAGUGGGAGCGCAAGGAGCUGCAGAAGCUGAAGGUCAGGCUGGAGGGGGAUAUGGCCAUGUCAGAGAAACACCUCCAGGCACUGGACAAGUGCCAGCGCUCCCUGGGGGAGCUCUGUGAGGAACGGGGCUGCGUGCUGGAGCUGAUGGGGCAGCCACUGCACAGGGUGCUACUGGAGUCUGGGCGUGACUCGUGGCUCAGCCUGACCCGGCCCUCGUCCCCCAAUGUGGAUAGGAACCCCACACCGGAGCCCAACCCCAUAGGGCCCUACACACCAGAGUGUGCUGCAGCUAUCGAGGAGGCACGGCGCCUCACAGUGCAAUCCAAGAAGGUGCUGACGGUGCUGAAAGAGGACACGGUCCAGGCCACAGCCACUCUCCGAGAAGCCCAGGCAGCCAUUGACGGCAGCCUGCAGCGUAAGAUGAAUGAGACUAUGGCCCUCAAGGAGCGUCUCUAUAUGGUGAUGGGGGGCAUGCGCAGCACCUUGAAUCGCUGUCAGCGCUUCCAUGAUGAGAUGAGCAUCACCCAUGGCAUGACCAUGGGCCCUGAGUCCAGCAAGUACCAAGAGACGCGAGAGAAGCUGACUCGGCCCAUAGUGCGAGUGUAUCAGCGACACGUGGGCACCCAGCUGCCAGAAGCCAACAUCCUUACACAGGGCAGCACACUGCUGGAGUCCUCCAUGCAGAACGCGGCCAGAAACGUGGAGCGCAUGCAGCACACCAAGGAGCACCUGCGCUCCUCCAUCCACGACAAGCAGAUGGGCUUCGAUGUGGAUGCCAGCAUCCAGCGCCUCCGCCGGCGCCGCAUGCACCCACGCAGCACCAUGGACGAGGCCAGCCAGCUGACCUGCUCCUAGGGGCACCCUUCCCCAAGAACUACAAUAUUAUACAAAUAAAGUGCCAAGAGCCUUUA